AAUCAACAUAACUGGUUUUGGCAGAGCUGUUAAUAUAAAUAUGCAGCAUUUCAAGAAAAAAAAAAUCAAAGAGAAUAUCCAGGCAUGGAAACUGAGGAGCCAGUUAUACUUUUUCGCUGGGGCAAUGUCUUGUUUGUGCAGCUGUCAAUGACCCCAUCAAUGGAAGACUCUUCAAUCUCUCUCUACUAAAAUAGCAGCAUUGAAUCUCACCAAACAUUAGUUUCCCAAGUUUUGUUACUUAAGAUCAUCCAAUUUGCUUUCUGAAUGCUUGUCGCUACCGAAUGUACUAUCGCCAUUGCUCAAUUGCCUACAUCAAUAAAGGAAGUUCAGUCAUAAGGACCACUUGGUCUCUGGUUCCUGCAGCAGGUAAUGAAUGUUGAAUUCUUAAUUUUGAAACUCUUCAAUUUCACAAUUCUAUUGUUCUUAAAUAUCACAGAUUCAACUGAUAAUUUUAUGGUUCUUAAGUAUCACAAAUUCAAUGAUAAGUAAGGAAGAUGUCAAAGAUUGCAGUGAUAAUUAUUGUAGCUGCGGGGGCUCUUGUAUUCGUCAUUGUAAUCAUGGGAUUCAUUUGGUUUUACAAAUCAUGUAAGAACUUUUCAAAAAGAAGUUCAGAGACUGGCUCCUCAGAUCCUUCUGCAUUAAUGGAGUGGAAUAAAGGAGCUGGGCCCAGUUCAUCAGCUAGCCAGUCUUUAUUUGAACCUCAAGGAGCAAGGCAAUUCAGACUAGAAGAGUUGGACCAAGCUACCAAGCAUUUCUCAGAUGGUAAUCUUAUUGGAUUUGGAAGUUUCGGUCCGGUCUAUAAAGGUUGGCUUCAUGGCAUUGUUGUGGCUAUCAAAAGACAUCCAGGGGCUCCUCGAGAGGAGUUCAUUGCAGGGGUAAAGUAUCUGUCAGAGAUUCGACAUCGGAAUUUGGUUACUCUUCUAGGCUACUGUCAAGAAAGUGGAUCUCAAAUGUUGAUAUAUGAAUGUAUACCUAAUGGAAGCAUCUGCAAUCAUCUUUAUGAUACCGGACGAGAGGCUCCAACUAGACUAGAGUUCAAGCAGAGGUUAUCAAUAGCUCUGGGGGCUGCUAGAGGUUUAUGCCAUUUGCAUAGCCUGCAACCCCCAUUAAUGCAUAAGAACUUCAAAACAGCCAAUGUCUUGGUUGAUGAGAACUUCACUGCUAAGGUUGCAGAUGCAGGGAUAGCAAUGUUACUUGAAAGGAUAGAAGAAGCAGGUUCAUCUCACAGUUCUAGCAUCAAUGUUUUCCAAGAUCCAGAGGUGGAUGCAUUGGGGAGCUUCACCGAAAUGAGUGAUGUAUACAGCUUUGGAGUGUUUCUUUUGGAGCUCAUAACUGGACGGGAGGAGGCCAUGCAUAUCGAUUACCUAAGAUCCAAUGAGAGCUUAAUUCAAUUGGUACAAUCACGGCUGAGUUCCAAUGAACUUGUGGACUACAGACUAGGUGGAACCUUUACUAUGGAUGGCAUUAGGGAUUUGAUCAAGCUGACACUAAAAUGCAUGUGUUUUCCUGGAAAAUGGAGACUGAAUAUGAAUAUGGUUGUGGUUGAGCUAGAAAGGAUCCAUGAAAAAGAGAUGGAACUGACAACAGUCAGAGGUGAAGGUACAUCAAAAAUUGCUCUAGGCAGUGAGCUAUUUGCUUCAAAAUAAAGAUAGGCUUCCAAUGGAGCUUGUCAAGCUAUGGUCAAGCUUAGACUAACAGAAUAAUUUUUUUUUUCUUGAAAAUAACAUCAAACUGUUUACAUGGAUGAGAGAAAGAGAAUAGGGGUAGCCAGGUAUGGGUAUGGGUAGUCAAGUUCCUGCAAAGGAAUAGGACUGUAAAUUAUGGAUUUGAUUUUUCAAAUGAUGCAUAAUAUUAUCGGUGAUAUUGAUAUCUAAAGAAA